UUUCCCAACAAUCCACUCCUCUCUGCUUCUUGCAUUUCCUAUCCUCGCCCAAACAUGGCUUCUUCUUCUUCUUCCUUGGCUCCCUCGUUUCUUUUUGUUUUUCUUGUAGCAGCCUUUUCUUGCAUUGCUCAAUCCGCUGUUCCUCCUUCUGAAACUUUCAGAUUUGUCAACGAAGGAGAAUUCGGGCCUUUCAUUGUCGAAUACGAUGGAAACUACCGAGUUCUAAGCAUUUUCAACUCACCGUUCCAACUCGCUUUUUACAACACCACUCCCAAUGCCUACACUCUCGCUCUUCGAAUGGCCACCACCCGAUCAGAAUCCUUGUUCCGUUGGGUUUGGGAAGCCAACAGAGGCCGACCCGUCGGCGAAAACGCCACCUUCUCUCUCGGCACCGACGGUAACCUCGUCCUCGCCGACGCCGACGGCACAAUCGCCUGGCAAACCAACACAGCCAACAAAGGUGUUGUGGGUUUCAAACUGCUCUCAAAUGGCAACAUGGUGCUCCACGACUCAAAGGGUAAUUUCAUUUGGCAGAGCUUUGAUUCCCCAACUGAUACUCUCUUAGUGGGUCAAUCUCUUCGUGUCGGUGGUGUCACAAAAUUGGUCAGCCGCGCAUCAGAAAAAGUCAACGCCAAUGGAGCGUAUAGUUUAGUGUUGGAACCCAAAAGAGUAGCUCUGUAUUUCAAGAGUCCAAACUCUGCUAAAUCUCUCGUCUAUUUCACAUCAUCUUUCAUCUCUGCUUCUAAAAAUGGCAUCUUGGCAAACGCAACACUCACCAGCUCGCCAGAAACAGAUGAGAAUUUCGCUUGGGUUUUAAACUUCGAUUUGAAAGAAUCCAACACAGACUUCGGCGGCGGUGUUAUUUUAGCCAGACCCAAGUACAACAGCACACUUACAUUCCUCAGACUUGGGAUUGACGGGAAUGUAAAGCUCUUCACUUUCUACGACAAGGUCGACAAUGGCGCCUGCGAAGAAACCUUCACGAUGUUCAAAAGAGAGCCUUCUUUCCUCUGGGACACCGAGUGUCAAUUACCUGAACGAUGUGGGAGUUUCGGAGUCUGUGAGGACAGCCAGUGCGUCGCCUGUCCGUCGCCCAAUGGGUUACUGGGUUGGAGCAAGAGCUGUGAGGCCAAGAAGUUGACUUAUUGCAGACCGAGUGAUUUCCAUUACUAUAAAAUUGAAGGAGUUGACCAUUUCAUGAGCAAAUUCAACAAGGGAGAUAGAAUCAAGGAGGCUGAUUGUGAGAAGAAAUGUAGCAGAGACUGCAAGUGUUUAGGGUAUUUCUACCACAGAGAAGAUUCAAGAUGCUGGACUGCUAAUGAUCUGCUAACCCUUACAAAGGUUUCUAACUCAUCACAUGUGGGUUUCAUAAAAACACCCAACAAAUGAUGAGCCUAAUAACUUAAAAUAAUCUAUAAUUAAUUGAGGUUUUAUGUUCCAUGCAAUUUGUAAUUGGGUUUUUCUUUUUCCUUUAUUUUUUAUUUUUUGGUUGAUCUAUGUUUAUUGAUAUAUAUGUCGAUUUGGAUUGGUGUAAUAAGAUGAGAAAAAUCUCAUCAAUUUGUAAUUGUAUUAAUUUUGA